GCCAAUCUGGACGAUCGCAAGGAUCUAGGGCUUUUGUUUUUUCCCCAAUUGCUGCUCGGACAUGGCGGCAACGGCGAGGAAAGCGAUUACAAGCUUUGAAGGAAUUGCCGCUAGAGCAGUGAGAACCGUGGGCUGUGCUUAUCGAGGAAUAGCGCGGGAGGCGGCUGAUGUAGUGGUCAUCGGCGCCGGAGUGGUGGGUAUAGCCGUAGCGAGGGAAUUGGCUUCCAAAGGGAGAGAGGUGUUGGUAGUGGAGGCUGCUUCGACGUUUGGGACUGGAACUAGUUCCAGAAACAGCGAGGUCAUACAUGCUGGGAUCUACUACCCAUCUACAAGCCUCAAGGCUAAUCUUUGUUUGCGAGGAAAGGAAUUGCUCUACAAGUACUGUUCUGAUCGAGAAAUAGCUCAUAAAAAGGUUGGUAAGCUCAUAGUUGCCACCAGUGAAGGAGAAAUUCCAAAAUUGGAACGUCUGUUGAAGUGUGGGAACAACAAUGGUGUUGAUGAUUUGAGAAUAAUGGAUGGCUUUCAAGCAAUGCAGAUAGAACCAGAACUUCAAUGUGUCAAGGCGUUACUAUCUCCUAGCUCUGGAAUAAUUGAUUCUCACUCACUCAUGCUUUCUUUGGUGGGGGAGGCUGAAAGUGAUAGAACUACUUUCUCAUACAACACUACGGUUAUUGGUGGCCACGUUGAAGAUGAUUUUCUCCAUCUCCACAUUUAUGAUAGUGACAGCCUUCACAAUGUAACUAUAAAUGCUGAGCUGUUACCUCAGUUUGUACUGAGUACUAGGCUGGUAAUUAAUUCAGCAGGUCUUAGUGCCAUUCCUCUUGCAAAAAGAUUUCCUGUCAUGAACAAAGAGAUCUCUUGUUAUUAUGCUCGUGGUUGCUACUUUACUCUUACAAAAACAAAAGUUCCACCUUUCAGCCACCUGAUUUAUCCAAUACCAGAAGAUGGCGGGCUUGGGGUUCAUGUCACUUUGGACUUGAAUGACCUUGUCAAAUUUGGUCCUGAUGUUGAAUGGAUUGAUGGUGUAGAUGAUCUGUCUUGCUUCAGUGACAGGUUUGAUUAUUCUGUCAAGUUGGAUCAAUCAAAAAAAUUCUAUCCAGAAAUAAGAAAAUAUUUUCCUAAUCUAAAGGAUGGCUCUUUAGAACCAGGAUAUUCAGGCAUACGACCAAAACUCUCUGGCCCAGGAAAGCCUCUUGCAGAUUUUGUUAUUCAGGUCCUCAAGACAUUAGCUUACAACUUGAAUUGCAGGGUGAGGACGUUCAUGGUGUUCCUGGACUGGUUAAUUUGUUUGGCAUCGAGUCACCUGGCCUGACAUCCAGUUUGGCAAUUGCAGAAUACAUUGUGUCAAAGUAUUCAAGUUGAUUCUUCUCAGUUUGUGCAUUCUUGUAAUUUGUUAGGUGUAGAAUCACCUGCCCUGACAUCCAGUUUGGCAAUUGCAGAAUAGAUUGUGUCUAAAGUAUUCAAGUAGAUUGUUCCCAGUUUGUACAUUCGUAUGUAAUUCCACAGGUUCCCUUCUAAUUAAUGUAUGAAUGUGUGAUCAA